AUGGCAAAGUGGCUAUCCCUCCUCGCCGCCCUCGCGGCCACAACCCACGCGGCGCUGCGCUUCGGGUGCUCGACGCUGACCAUCCAGCGCCUCGACCCCCUCGUGGAGCCGGGCCGCACGCCGUCGUCGCACCUGCACCAGAUCGUGGGCGGCGACGCCUUCAACGCCACCAUGACGGGCGACAUUGGCGAGCAGGGGCGGUGCACGACGUGCACCUUCUCCGAGGACUUUUCCAACUACUGGACGGCCGUCAUGUUCUUCCGCCACCAGAACGGGUCGUACAAGCGCGUGCCCAUCAUGCAGAACACGGCCCUGCCCAACGGCAUCAACGGCGGCAUGACCGUCUACUACACGCAGCAGGACUUUUUCUCCAACGGCAACGUCAAGAUGACGGCGUUUAAGCCUGGCUUCCGUAUGGUCGUCGGCAACCCGGGCGCAAAGACCGUGCAGCAGACCGGUCUCAAGUUUGUGUGCCUCCAAAACAAGGGCACGCGCUUCCCCGAGCUCAACGAGUUCCCCACACGUCCCUGCCCGGGAGGUAUCAUGACUGUGCACCACUUUCCCGCAUGCUGGGACGGCAAAAACGUCGACUCGCCCGACCACCAAUCGCACAUGUACUCGACGACGCGCGACGCCUUCCUCAACGCCGGGCCCUGCCCAGCCUCGCACCCGGUGCGCGUGCCGCAGCUGGCCUACGAGACGCUCUGGGACACGACGCAGUUCAACGGCAUGUGGCCGGCCGACGGCGGCAACCCGUUUGUGCUGUCGUACAGCGACUCGCAGGGCUACGGCACGCACGCCGACUACGUCUUUGGCUGGAAGGGGGACUCGCUGCAGCGCGCCAUGGACCACAGCUGCAUGUUCAACGCCUGCGAGAACGGGAGGCCGCUCAAGAGCCAGGCCGUCCAGCCCAUGAACCAGUGUCAGGUUAAAAACUGGGUCAAGGAGGAGAUUGAUGGUUGGCUUCCCCAAAUGCCCGGUCAGAGUGCGAGCAUGCCCAUGUAA